UAUCGAGUUGCCAAAACGUUUGUUUGGUACAGAGAGUACGUUAGUGGUGCUUUAUUUACAAUUUGAAGAUCAACAAACCAAGUGGCGCAAGAUAUUAGCAAGUGUUUAAUAUUAAAAUAAGUUUUUAAAAUGGGACAAGAUGUUAGACUAUGCAGACUUUGCGCAAAGUCCUGCGAAAAUUCAUCUUCAAUACCACUUUUUGAAAGAAGUCAAAAAACUGUGAUAUUGAAGAUUUUCCAUGUUACUGGUAUAAAGUUGAAGAAUCUCAGCAAACUUCCAAACAUCAUGUGUGUAAGUUGCCAAAUUCAGUUGGAGCGCGCUUAUGAGUUUCGUGAUUGUUGCAUUACCGCGCAAAAGUACUUUUCAAGUUCAGAAUAUAAGAGGACUUCCUCUGAUAAGUCUUCUAAAAAGGAGCAAGAUUUUGAAAUGAUAUUAUCCGAGCAAGAGUUUGAUUUAAAAGCGGAACUAGAGCCUUAUUUUCUACAAGAACCUGAGACAACAGAAUUGAAAUUAGAUAUUCUACCACUUCCGAAUGUCAAAACGGAUUUGGAAAACGAGCCGGUAGCAGAAGUUGCACUUGAAGCAGCACCCUAUGAAAACGACGUAGGCGAGAUGAGAGGUCGGCCGAAAAAAAGUCCAUCACACAAAAUAUUGCAACGAAAUAAAAGAGGAGUGAAAUAUAAAAAUACUUUGGAAAAUGAAGAAACAACAUUACGACCAGUAGACAAUGUGCUUAAGCCCACGGAUGUCGAGAACAAUACCACACAAAAUGAGAAUAUGAACCAAAAUAGAAAAAUUACAAAAGAGAGAAAGAAUAAAGCAAGAACUUACAUAUGUGAUCAAUGUGGUAACCAUUUUAAGUACCGUAGCCAUUUUUAUUCACACAUUAAACGACAUUCUGGUGUAAAACCUAUACAAUGCGAAGUUUGCCCAAAUAAGUUUUUUACUCAAGGUGAACUUAAGCGACAUAUGCGUAGACACACUGGAGAACGUCCAUUUCCUUGCAAACAUUGCCAACGUCGUUUCACAGAUUAUAGCACGCGAAUAAAACAUGAACGUACUCAUACGAACGAGCGUCCAUUCGAAUGUUCACAGUGUGGAAAAGCGUUUACAACAUCCUACGUUCUAAAAAAUCACAUGUUGGUACAUACGGGAGAGCGUUCUUUCAAAUGUACGCUAUGCAAUAAAUCAUUUCAGCGGCAAACUCAUUUGAUAGUACACAAUCGCUCGUUGGCUCAUAAGCAAAACGUUGAACGUGAGCAGCAGAUAUUAGUGUAGUUAGUUAUAGAGUAAUAAUUUUAAGGCCUAUAGUUUCACCAAUUUCUACGAAAGAAAAAACAAAAGCGCCAUGAAAGAUGUAUUAUCUCUGUAAAAUAAGGAUAAUUAAUUACUUAUAUACAAUAUGCUUUUAUGAUUUGAUAUAAUUCGUUUUGUUUUGUAUUUAUCGGAUAACUUACAAAAUGAUUUCUUAUUUUCAAUGCAAGUAUUUAACGCUUAUAAACACAAACAACCCCAUUCAUCUGCUUAGUUUUAAAUCCAAAUUUACAUAUUUUAUUAAUAUACUACAUCCUUACAUUUAUAGCAUUACAAAUUAAAUAUAUAUAUAUAUAUAUAUAUGUAUAUAUACAUAUGUAUGUGA